CCUUCAACAGCAACAAUGUCAGCUUUGUUGUGCGUGGAGGACUACAAGUGUUGGUGAUGCUAGCUGACCCGAACACAGGGCAAAGUCUAAUUGCUAAUGACUCAACAGAUACAGCAACAGAGACUGGCUACCAUGGAGCUGUUGGAGGUCCAGGUGUUUGGGCUCUAGCAGUCAUUUUCUCAAUCAGCAUCAUCGCCACCUGCUUCUUCAUCCUUUACAAGUUCAAAAGUCCUUGGCUUAGGACCCCCCCACUGUUUUUCAGGAAGCUCCCAGGUAGCCGCAACGUCUAUGCUCAGAUGCACAACGAGAAGGAGCAGGAGAUGACCAGCCCCGUCAAUCACAGCGAGGACACCCAGCACAUCAUCCAGGGUGAGGAGUUCAUCGACGAUGAUCUGGACACGCAGACUCUAGGCAGCCAUUCCGGUGUGGUCCUGAGCAUCAACUCCAGAGAACUACACAGUUACUUGACCAGCUGAUGACUGCCAUGACAUCAGCUAGAUGAGUCUAGCUGGUUAGUUAGCCACCUAAACUAAUCUAGCUGGCUAAUCUAUCUGGCUAACGAGCAUAGGGACUCCACCUGGACUUCCUCCUUCUCUCUCCUCUACUUCUCCUUUUUA